UUCUUUUUCUUUUUUGCUAGUUUUGUUUCUAUCGGGAAGAUUGUGUGAAAGCGGUCGUCAGUCAUGCCUGUGAACGUGCCUGAAUCGAGAGUGAUGGAGACUACGGAAGAGCGGCAAAAGUUCCUUGACGGAAGUCAGUACACCCAGAACGGAAUUUUGCGCUAUGAAAAGAUUUUCGGCGAGGAUUUCAUCAGUACUGGAGGCCGGGAAACUACCGAAGAAAUUGUGGCGACCCUGGGACUGAAACCCGGCAUGCAGGUGCUGGAUGUGGGUUGCGGGAUCGGGGGCAGUGUGUUCUACAUGGCCGAGCAUUUCGGCGUGAUUGCCCGAGGCGUGGAUUUGUCUGCCAAUAUGCUGAGCAUGGCCAAGCAGAAGCUCGACACCAAGUACGCCCACUUGAAGGACCGGGUGUCGUUCGAAUUGGCAGACUGCCUGCUCAUGGAAGUGCCCGAAAGCACGUUCGACGUGAUUUACUCGCGUGAUGCGAUGCUGCACAUUGCCGACAAGCCCACUCUUUUUGCACGACUCUACAAAUGGCUGAAACCCGGUGGUAAGCUGGUCAUCACCGACUACUGCCACGGCGAGAAGCUGCAGCACUCCGAAGAGUACGUCAAGUACGUCAAGAGCAGGAACUACCACCUGUUGACUGUCGUGGAUUAUGCCCACACACUGGAGCAGAUCUUCCCUGAAGUGUGGAGUGACGACCGAACAGCCACGUUCAUCAAAGUGCUCAAGCGAGAAGUGGCCCACCUCAAGGCCCACAGGGAAGCCUUUAUCCAGGAUUUCAGCGAGAAGGAUUACGACGAGCUGAUCAAGGGUUGGGAGGCCAAGGUUGUCAGAGCCUCGAGCGGGGAUCAGGCCUGGGGACUCUUCCUGGCCACCAAGAACUGAUUUCAGUCUUGCCAAUAUUUGUUUUUGUUUGUUUGUUUUGUUUGUUUGCUCAUUUCUUCCUGCAAACCUUUCGCUUAAUUUGCGAAGUUUCCGAGAGGUCUGUUUGUGGAAUGUGUAAAGUGUAUGUUGUCGAAUAAGAGCGCUAUUCUUUUGAAUGUUGGCCGAAUAAUCAAAUCACACGGAACGCUAGUUUUUUUUUCUUUUUUUGUUAAGGGAAAUGGAAACUCGAAGGAAAUAAAUCGAGAAAAUUGCA